AUGGUUGGAGGGCACUGUGAUGAUGUGCAUCAGGCUCGCACCUAUAUCCCUCCCACUCCUAUGACCGACUAUGUCUUCCCCGAAUUACGCCUCAGGCGCAAGAUGAACGACCCUGAGAAGACCCCACUUCUGCUGGUGGCUUGUGGCUCCUUCUCCCCCAUUACGUAUUUGCAUCUCCGUAUGUUUGAGAUGGCUGCAGAUUAUGUCAAAUUUAACUCAGAGUUCGAACUCAUCGGUGGCUACUUGUCACCCGUUUCGGACGCUUAUCGCAAGGCUGGUCUCGCGAGCGCAGAACAUCGGGUUGCAAUGUGUCAGCUGGCAGUCGAUCAAACCUCGGAUUGGUUGAUGGUGGAUACGUGGGAGCCUGUGCAGAAGGAGUAUCAGCCCACUGCGGUUGUACUAGACCAUUUCGACCACGAGAUCAAUACAGUACGUGAAGGUGUGGAGGCUGGGAAUGGAACCCGCAAGCCAGUGCGCAUUGCCUUGCUGGCUGGUGCCGAUCUGAUUCAUACCAUGUCCACUCCCGGCGUAUGGAGCGAAAAGGAUUUGGACCAUAUUCUUGGCAAAUACGGCUCUUUCAUUGUGGAGCGCAACGGCACUGAUAUUGACGAGGCUCUGGCCAGCUUGCAACCGUGGAAGGAUAACAUCAAUGUCAUCCAGCAACUCAUUCAAAACGAUGUCAGCAGUACCAAGAUCCGGUUAUUCCUGCGACGUGAGAUGAGUGUCCGCUAUCUCAUCCCAGUCCCUGUCAUUCAUUAUAUCGAGCAGCACCAUCUCUAUGAAGAUGACGGGACAAAUGAAAAAGGCAAGGAGAAGCAGGACGGGAAAUCAAAUUGA